GAGAGUGAUGUACGCACCUGCACUGACGGCCCAGUCGACCCUCCGGUCAGUCUGAUACUUAGCUGACAUCGCUGUAACAACAGGACAUCACAUGGUGUGCUGCUGGCGCUGAGUGUACAACAGACGCAACAAUGCUGGUGGAGAAGACAACUUGUCCACCUCGGCCAGAAUGUCAGAUCAAUUCUCACAUCAGACUGCCGCUACCCCCGACGUAUGGCCGACUCUGUGUGUUUGCCACCUGCAUCAACCCCAUCCUUGGCCCGCUCGCCCUCGGGGCCAACCACAGGGCGCUCCGUCUCACGCGACACGGACACUACACGGUGGCUAACUACUACUACUUCGCCGCCAUCUUCUUCAGCGUGGCCGCCUGCGUGAGCACCGUGUGUGCCCUGAUACUGCUCACAGUGGAGCUGUCCAUCAAGAGGAGUCAGGAAGCACAACAACAUCGGGAGCUGGACAAGCUGACCAGUCAGUGCCUUCAGUAUCUGCUCUUUCUGGACCCAAGCAGGGCCGUCGGCCCUACCGAAGAUGUCUGUAAAGACAUGAGCCGUUUCUCUGUACAGAAAGUGAAGAAAGCCUUGACGGAAAUGGCAGAAAAAAGGAAAAAGGCCGACAUGAAAAGGAAAACGGAGCAGACAUCUUUAAAUUCUACUGACGACAAUUAAGUGUCUUUAACCUUACAUUGCAUUCCUACGGUAUGAACACACUAGACGUAACAUGACUUCUGUACGAACAUACACUGUAUUCUACUUACACAAUGGAAGUUAAAAGGACGCAACACUUCACCACUUCCACUUCACUAAUCAAUACGAAGGUGUAACAGAACACUGGUUGCAGUAGUGUUGUGUAGCAAUUUCACUAUUUGCUGACCAUUUGCUGUGAAGAUAGUGUUUGAACUUACAGAAAAAAACCCCAAAAUAUUCUACAGAUAUUUUGCUAGGUUGGAGGUAUCUAAAUCCUAUCAAACCAAAUGUUGCAGUUUUCAAGAAAGGUCGGAAGAAAUCGAACCAGGAGAAAUGAUUCUUCCGUUCAGAAAGACUUGAAGUAGUAGCAUACUAUAUAGUGUUUGUUUUAACCCUUUGUUGCCAGAAGGUAUAUACAAUAGCUCUCAGGGCUUUCGGGUUAAAAUGAUAAUGCAAUGUAGAUUUAGAUUUAUGCCUGUUAAAUACUUUUUUAAAGAUCCCUGGUGAUGAAAUACCGAUCCACGCCUCGGAACUUGGGGAACCUAAUGUCGCUACAGUGUUGGGAAAAUCAACACACAUUUCUGCAAUUUCUUUCUUAACGUAGUUCUCCGAGUUGUCUCCCCCUGGCCACGUUUACCCAGACAGCAAGAUACACGAUACUGCAGCUUUUUAAAACACGCCUUGCUGACUGGCGAGAUGGACUUGGCCUCAGCAAUUUAUAAACCUUGCAUUUACAUAUCCCGGGAGGUUGAAAAUAAAGUAAUGUUGUUAUAAACGUUUCAGCAACGAUGUAAGGAUAUGUCCUGGCAAGAAGGGUCAUACGAACUGUUCACAAUCGCCACAUGCCUGUUCCAUGUUGAAGAUUACUAGAUUGACCAUCUAAUUAUUCUAUAUGAAUACGAGCAUAGUUAACGAACUUCAGAUGUGAAUUCAAAACCUUAAUGUAGUUAUAUAUGACAUGCAUGUGUACUUACUGCCAAUAUUACCAAGACGAUCAAUACGAUCAAUACAUUAAUUUAUUGAUAUGUCCAGAAUAUAAAGUAACAAAUGAAAUACUAGAUCUAUAUGUCUAUUAAUAGUGUCAUAGAAUAUCAGUAAAUGAAGUAAAAGUAUUCAAAACGUAAUGUUAACUUUGUCAAUCAUGAGUGUCACCUGCUAACUGUCACCUAUCUAUCUCCAUCCAUAAUUUUUACAAUAAAGUAAAUAAUAAGAUUACAGCAUUAUUGGCAAUUACCUGUUUCUGAAGUUCACAUAUUUGAGUCAUCUUUAAGGGGGCAUAUUCACUGUUGAUAGCUAUGUUUUAUCAAGCACUGAACGUUCGCGGUAGCAGCAUUUGACCUGACCUAAUUACCACUGUGUGUCACUACGCUAUUUACAUUAAUGAAUAAUCUUACUACUGAUGUCAAUCUGUACUACCCAUCCCUUAAAAUCAUCAUCAUCAUCACACACGCACGCACGCACGCACGCACACACACACAGCCAUAAAUUAUGUACGGUCCCUUCCUUCACAGUCUGCUGUCCGUUUUCUCUGUUUGCAGCUGCCAAAUAUUUUAGUAAAUCUUGUUUGUGUCCGAUUUAUUAAAGGACACAUAGGACAACAUCAAUUCCUGGAUACAGGGCAUAUUUACGCUACAUUGGCCCCAAGUUAUCAAUGGUCUUUUUAGUCAGUCAAAAUGUCGUCAAACCGCUUGGUCUGAAUAAAUAUGGUUGUCCUUAUUAUUGACAUACCAGAUCUUA